AAUUUAUGAAUCAUAUACAAGCUACAGCUGUUUUGUAAGACACGGGACUCAAUAUUGACCGCAGGCAAUGCUAUCCGAGGCGAACGAAGGGUUAAUAAAAUAAAGCCCUUGAGAAAGAUAACGAAGAUUGUAUCAAUAUGUUCGGAUGGGAAUUUGAAGUUGUCAGUUAAUUAGCUGUACAUUGUUUCACUUUGAAGUAACUUUAAAGCAAAUUGCUCAGAACUUUGGCAUGCUUAACCAGUUCACGAAUUAAACGGAGUGGAAUUUUACUCGAUGCGUAACUUUGAGUGUUUUUAAUUACGUGUACGAAAUUUGAGGUAAAUGAAGAUUCAGUGCUUAGUUUAUGUUAACCCUAACAUUUUGGGCUAAUUAAAGGACUUAAUUGUUGAUUUCUCAAAAUGAGACUGGAGGUUUCAAUCCAGCUGCAGGUGUACACAUGUCUGCAAGUGUUUCUCGGAUUUACGUCAGUGACGUACUCACAAAGCGGGAAGCUCCCGGGGAUGCUGUACCCGCGGGAUUCGGAGAGCCGCAGUCUCCGCCAUCUUGACGGAAUGUGGAACUUCCGGAUUGACGACUCCCCCACAAGAAACCUCAGCUUCGAACAGAAGUGGUACAGCGAACCGCUGGAUGAAUCGGGCCCGGUAAUUCCCAUGCCCGUACCCUCGAGCUACAACGACAUCACCAACCAAAAGAACAUCCGGGACUUUGUAGGUUGGGCUUGGUACGACCGGGAGUUUUACGUGGACAAAACAUGGGCCCAGCAACGGAUUGUGCUCAGAAUUGACAGUGCACACUAUAACUCAAUUGUGUAUGUGAAUGGACAGCAAGUUAUGACCCAUGAAGGUGGCCAUCUUCCAUUUGAAGCGGAAGUGACGUCAUCAGUACAUAUCGGAUCCGUCAAUCGAUUGACUGUCGCUUUAAAUAACACGCUUACACCUACCACGUUACCUCCAGGAUCGAUUGAAUAUAAGAGUGACACGAACAAAUACCCACCUGGAUAUUUUGUCCAGAAUCUCCAGUUUGACUUCUUUAACUACGCUGGAAUCCAUCGCCACGUUACGUUGUAUGCGACCCCUAAAACGUUCGUCGAAGACAUUGGUGUUACUUCCUCAGUGAGUGGAGACACGGGAAUCGUAAACUACACCGUAAAUUAUGGCGGUCAGUCGGUACCUUUCACCUGGAAGGUGGAAAUACUUGACAAAAAGGGGUUUGUGGUUGCCCAUGGCAACGGGAUGCAGGGAACGCUGACGGUUUCGGACGCCAACCUGUGGUGGCCCUGGACAAUGAACAGCACGAGCCCUGGUUACCUCUACACUCUGCAGGUGACGUUGACGACACAAACCCAUGGUGACGUUGACGUGUACCGUCAGCCGUUCGGAAUCAGGACCGUCGCAGUGACGGACACCCAGAUUCUUCUCAACAACCUGCCCUUCUACUGUCAGGGUGUCAACAAACACGAGGACUCUGACAUCCGCGGCAAAGGCUUGGACUAUCCCCUGAUCGCCCGUGAUUUUGAGAUGCUUAAGUGGCUGGGCGUCAACUGUUUCCGGACGUCCCAUUACCCCUACGCGGAAGAGAUUAUGGACAUGGCAGAUCGCCUCGGCAUCGUCGUCAUUGAUGAGAGCCCCGGGGUUGGAAUACAGAAAUCAAAGAGAUCCAAACGACAAUGGUACAAGUUUUACAAGAAAAAUAAUAAUGAAGAGAAGAAAGAACGAAAACAUAGGAAAAGAGAUAAAUCUCGAAAAUCAAAGGGAAAAAAGAAGAGGCGUUUGGGAAAUAUUGAGGUCGAGUCAACAUUAAAUGACGGGGAUGAUAACUUCGGAAACAAAUCAUUGGCUCACCACAAGGCUGUCAUGUCAGAAAUGUAUCAGCGUGACAAGAAUCGACCCGCCGUUAUCUUCUGGUCCGUGGCAAACGAGCCCGCCACCAACAAACCCGCCGCAGGGCCCUACUUCAGAGAGGUUAUUGCCCAUGUGCGAUCACUCGAUUCCACCAGACCUGUCACCUUUGUCUGCAACCAGGAAUUCUAUAACGACGUAGCGGUCCAGUUCGUAGACAUCAUCCUGAUUAACCGCUACUACGCCUGGUACUCGGACGUGGGUCACACGGAACUGAUAGGCCGCCAGCUGGAAUACGACCUGAGGGAGUGGCAUGCGAAAUUCGACAAACCAAUCAUCAUGUCAGAAUAUGGCUCGGACACCAUUGCUGGCUUUCACCAGGAGCCUAGCUUCGUCUUCACGGAGGAGUACCAGGUGGAGUUCCUGCGAGAGUACCAUGCCGUGUUCGAUAAGUUGAGGGGCGAAUUCUUCGUGGGCGAAAUGCCGUGGAAUUUUGCAGACUUCAUGACAGUCCAAGGGAUAACGCGGGUCGUCGGUAACAAAAAGGGUCUGCUGACUCGCCAGCGGCAACCUAAGGCGUCCGGGCAUCUCAUCCGGGACCGCUACAUGUCCAUGAUCUCCGGAAAACAAACAUGCAGGCUUAGAUAACCCGCUUCUCCUUGCAUUUUCGCCUGAGGGCCGGCCUCAUUACUGGUUUUGGUGAUUCACUGUUUGUAUUUGUUGUUUGAAAGGAGCCUGUUUUUUAUAUUAUUUUUUCAAAGCAAAUUACAAUUGCCCUGAUGAAAAUGAUCACUCGGCCCUUUUAUAUUUUUAUGAUGUAAAACUUGGUUUAAAAUUACUUGUUGCAUUAUUUUUUUGCGUUUUCUAUAAUGAUGCUUCAUGUGCAAAUUUUGUUGUUGAUUUAGAUCGUUUUGUAAACAAUUUUGUAAUUCGUCAGAAAUAUUUCCAUUAAUAGCUUAGAUAAUAUUUCAAAAUAAAUAUUAUAAACUGGCCUAAAUUUUAAUCACAAAUUCCAACACUAUUAAAUUUAUUCCGCUGUUUAUACAAGUUGGAGUGUCGGAAACGCAUCUUUAGAUGUCAUUACAUUUUGUAUUUGCAUUCUUAAACAGAAGUUAAUAACAUUUUUCCCUUUUAAGUCCUGUAGUGACGCCAUAGGGUUAAACUUGUCAAACUCUGUAUUGUAGUGACACUAGUAAUUCUGUACCCUUGAUUUUGCUUAAAAAGCGGUAUUUACUCUAUC